AUGGCGUACUACCGCUCGGGGGGCGCUUGGGGCGGCUCUGGCGCUGGGUUUGGUGCAGGCUACGCUGGCGGCAUGCACGGCGCUGGCAUGUACGGCGGCGGUGCCGAUUGUGGAACCGCUUGCUGCGCCGGGACCACCGCCGCCAUGGGCUGCGGUCCCGCCUGUGGUGCCGGAUGCGCCGAAGCGACGGGCUGUGGCAGCGGCAUGGGCGGCGGCAUUGGCGGUGGCAGCGGCUGCGGCGCAGGCCCAGGAGGUGGCACGAUCCUGAGCUACGUGGGUCCCGGAGGCGACUAUGCGCAGGAGACGACGUACAGGUAUGUGGGGGCGGGCGCGGGCGAGUUCGGGGUGCUUCGCAUUCCCGGCCGCGGCCCCAACUGCUGCCUGAUCCUCAUUCCACUGCUGUUGUCCCUGCUGCUGCUUCCGCUGCUCCUGUUCUCGCUCGCCCCGGGGAGCACUACGACCACGACCACGACGACGACGACCUUACCGCCACUGCCGGACAUCAUGACCCCUCCGCCAGAUGCCCCGACGACCACGACCGAGAAGACCACCACGACCGAGAAGACGACGGCGGCCCCACCGCCGCCCCCGCCGCCCCCGCCGCCGCCGCCUCCGCCCCCGCCCCCUCCGCCGCCGCCCACGACCACCCAGAAAAAGAUCAACUGCGGCGAAGGUGCCCCAGAGUCGUGGGACGAGGCGAAGAAGAUACAGUGCUGCCUCAUGGAGAACAAGGGGUGCCCGACCACGUCCACGUCGCCCUGCCCCAUCGACUGCAACGCGGGGUACAACGACCUCGACCCGCUGCAGUGGGUGCGCGGCUGGUCCGGCGAGAAGAAGCUGUACUGCUGCAAGACGGCCCAGAGGGGGUGCCCCUCGGAGCUGCCGCCCCCCUCGGGGCUGCCGCCCUCGGGCGAGCCUCCCGCCCCGGACAACAACGUCUACGACUGCGACGCCGGGUACCACCACUGCAUGCACUGCCUGGAGCUGUCGUGGUCCCCCCCGAAGAUCAAGUACUGCUGCGCCAACUUCCACAAGGGGUGCAAGGGCGAGGAGCCAGAGUAA